UAGGUCUGUUAAAUAAUAUUUUUUACAAGAAACAUCAAAAUGACAUUUUUAGACACAACUUAGAUCUAUAGGUGUACCACAUAAUUAUGAUAACUUUUCUAUAUAUUACUUUAUAGCAAAGUCAAAGUGGGAUGUAUUUGGACUCUUUCACAUAUAGGCGCUAAGCUGUGGUAAGAGCAGAUUAACUGACGUAAACAAAAAGAAUGCACGUGGGAAUCGGGAUCCAAUCCCCCUGGGCCGUGGAAGUGGUAGUUCAAGGCGAUUCCAAGCUUCGCUAGUCCCGAUGGAGGGGUUGUAGUGAGAUCUGGUAGCCAACACUGUCGAACUCAUUGGUUCGCUACAGACUCCCCUCGCAUUUGCCGCAAAAUCGUUGCACACACACCAGCAGCCUGUGGAAACAGAGGAGUCAGAGAUGGCGGUUUCAAACGCUACCGUUUUGAAUGACAGCGCAGGGAGGCGGGUCAUGGCAGGGCGGGGGAGGAGAGAUCGUUCAACGGCUUCUUACGCCACUUCGAAUUCGUCUAAUCUGCUUUUUGAUCAAUACUUGGUGGCUCCCGCGUAUCACUCACUUCCGACACUUCCGACACUCUUGUUCCGAUACCCUUCCAACACGACGGCGCGCGUCCAAGGGUAAAAUGCGCUGCUGGAGCUCGUGAGAGAGUGAGUCAAAGGAACUCCUCUGGUUACAUGCGUGGCUGGUCGUAAAUUAUCGACUGAACUAGAAUGUUUGGAGAUUCUCAGGAGGAGUUCACCGGCUGAAGAAAGUGCUCACGGCUCACAGAAAUGGCACGAGUUUACUGGUUAAAUAGUUGCGGGCGAAGCGGCUGGAGUCGGAAUUGGCAUACAGCCAGUCUCGAGUGGGGGCCGCGGGCGUUACUGGUACAUUUGACGUCAGACAUGAGAAAUAGUCAAGGUAUGAAGACCACUAGAAGGGCUUCAACACACAUGGCGCACGGAAAAGGCUUAACUGUGCUCAGCUUCAGCUACUGCGCACAGUUACCGACGUGUUCAUUUUCUCACUCUAAAUAUAGAUGCCUCAAAACUUCUCUUACCAAUUUCAUUGCUGUGGAGAGGUCGGACUGAUUCGCAAGAGAAAGUCACCUGAGAAGCCCUACUCCGCCAAGAUUAUAUGAGUUGGAGUGCUCCUCUGAAGCUUGAUGUUCACAGAAGUAUUCAGCCUGAUCAGACACCUCAUUCAUCAGAACCAGCAGUUGUGUGAUCUGUAAGAGGCAUCCAUUUUUAUUUUUAUUUCUUUUGAUGAAAGUCCUUACCUGCGUCUCAUAGGACCUGAUUCCUUGAGAUCUUAGGUUUACAGCAGAGCAAUGGAGGCAGUUCUGGUGAGGGCAAUCGCCGCAACUGGAAGCGCUACCAACCAAGCCCACUGGCAUGGCCUUCAUGUGAGAGCGACCUCGAUUGAACGAUCAAAUUUUGCAAUGACUCAGAGCGCUUCUGCUGACACAUCACGGAAAGUUAUCGGCUAUUGCGUUUCUACAGCACAACCCGCGCCGUCCAAUUCUCAAGCAGAAACGCUCGGUCCUCUGAGAAUCUCGUGGAAUUCAAACAGCAACAGCCAGCAGUUCCAACUUCCUGAGGAGCCGCUUCAGAACUAUGAAGGAUUUGUCAACUACAAGACACUAGAUGGAUCUGUUGCAGACAGCAAUGAGGACCAGGUUGAUAGAGAAUUUACAAGAGUCGUGCAUACUCAAGAAUCUUUCUUCCAAUUCCUUCACCAAUUUCCGAAAGAUGAGCUCAAGAAUGUCGCACAGGCUUGCAAUCUCAGCAAUCUGGCCUACACAAUUAGCGAACUGAAGGUAGACGAGCUUUUUAAAGAUCAUAAGCUGAGACUGGUGACAUCAUCAGUUCAUCGAGAUAAUUCGGGAGCGACGGGGCAAUUUGGCAUCACACUGGCUCCAGCUACUGCUUAUGCUCUGGCUGCCACAGCUUCAUACUUGAAGUCGGGUGACCCUUCCACCAGACCCAGAAAAGGUUCAGAGACUCUCUCUUCCAAAUUGCUGUCGAGAGCAGUAGAUCAUCAGCUUUCCUCCACUAUGUCGUCGUUCAUGACUGACUCACGAGAGCCAUGCCAUAUCACUUCAGAACCCAUUACUGGUGUCACUAACAGAGAAGAAGCUACUACUGCUAACCCGGCCAGCAUUUGCGGGUGGUUUGCUUGUGAUGAGCUGACUACUGCAACUCGAUUCUUUUCAAUUCAGGGUUCUGAAUCAAUGGCGUCCUGGAAAGCCAACCUUCGAUUUCAACCUACGCAGUUCGAGGGUUGGAGCACUGGUGUGAUGGUGCACAAAGGCGUGUACGAAAUUGCGAAAUCGCUUUAUGACCAGAUGCUUCCCCUAGUGCAGUCACACUUGGCAGCAUUCGGAAUGCGCGCUAAAAUAAGCUUCACUGGCCAUUCCCUGGGAGGAAGCAUCGCCGUUCUGCUCACUCUCAUGUUCCGAUACCGGGGAGUAGUUCCGGUGUCUGCUUUGAGACAAGUGUACACAUUUGGUGCCCCUGCAGUCAUGAAUGGAGGUAACAAUUUUCUCAAGCGCCUCAACUUUCCUCCCAGCCACAUUCAAUCAGUUGUCAUAUCUCGCGAUCUCGUUCCUCGCAUAUUCGCGUGUGAUAUUCCCCAGCAGAUUGUUGAGGUGCUCAAAAGAGUCGACAAAAACUUUCGGAGCCUGCCAACAAACCAGAGGCAAUUGUAUACUAUGGUGGGAAGAUUGGUGAUUCUCCAACCGGAGGCCCAACAAGCGCCUGGACAUCCGCUUUUGCCUUCUGGCAGUGGAAUCUACAUCCUAGAUCAAACCGCUACGGCCAAUUCACAGGAUCUUCACGCCACAAUAGUCUUCAAGGAGAAGGAAUUGCGGGCCGCAGAAUCGUCGUUCUUAAAUUCUCCGCAUCCCCUUGACAUCAUGAGCGACCCAUGUGCAUACGGAUCCGAUGGUGCUAUCAGCCGGGACCACGACCCUCGAAGCUACCGGAGAGCUAUGAACCAUAUCCUCAAGCAGACGGCUCCAGGCAUACAUCAAUGGAAGCAACUGGAGAUAUGCAACUUCAAGGAUAAGAUGGCCAAAAUUGCAAAUGGAAAUUGGCCCGCAAGCCCGGGUAGCACCCCCAAGCGAUCCAAAAGGAUCGAAGAGUCGAGUGUACUGUGCUUCAACAACAAUGGAUUCUUCAGCCGUGCCUCCAGCUCUAGAAUGUGCCACUAUCUCAGUUUGGGAUAGCGGAAGAUGCUCGACACAGCCACCCCAAGGCGGCCUCGCUUCCCACGCCACGAGGAAUACACUCGUCUCGGGAUUUGAGAGCCUUGACAAUCAUUGGAUCUCAACACAACACAUCGGUGUAACACUGGCACUGCCCUUCGUCAUGUCUACAGCUGUGCAUAGGUUAUGACAUGUAGCAUGCAGGGCAGUUGUAUUAAGAGAAUUAGAAUCACGACGAAAAAGAACACAAAAUCAGGUCAAAGGCCCUUAUGAAAAACAGAAAGAAAGACAAAAAAUCCUGAUCUUAGAUUGGUCAAGAAUCAAUUAUGCGAAAAUAAAAUGGAACAAGUGCAAAGCGUCACGUAUACGCAUGCCAAAUUAUUAUCCAAUUUAUAUCGCAGAAAUAAAAACUCCAGUGCCGAAGCACACAACUUG